AUGUCCAACCCCCCGCAAUCGGGCCAACCAGGCGGGUCAUGGACCAACCGUGACCAGGCUGGUUACAGGCCACUCAACGUGCGCGACGCGUUGAGCUACCUCGACCAGGUCAAGAUUCAAUUCGCCGACCAGCCAGAGGUGUACAACCGCUUCCUCGAUGUCAUGAAGGAGUUCAAGGGCCAGGUGAUUGACACUCCGGGCGUCAUUGACCGCGUGUCGACCCUCUUCCGCGGCCACCCGUCGCUCAUCCAAGGCUUCAACACCUUCCUUCCUCCCGGAUACCGCAUCGAGUGCUACGGCAACGAGGGUGACGUCGGUGGCCUGAUCACCGUCACGACUCCCACCGGUACUGUGAGCCAGGUUCCCGGCGGCCUGGCAGCGGCCAUGGACCAGCGCGACCGCGAGCAGCGUGAGGCUGCUGCCGCUGCAUCAGCAGCUGCCGCCGCCGCUGCCGCUGAACCUCCGGCCGCAAACUCGCCCUACCAGCAGCCCCCCGCUGCCCCGGCCUCGCAGCACUCGACUGCCUACCCCAGCCAGCGCGCCCCGACCCAACCCCCGGCUGCCCAGCCUCCGUCGCGCACAGCGGCCGCUCCCCCUCCCGUCAGCAUGCCCCCCCAGCACCCGUUGCCUGCCUCGGGCCCAUCCACCCCCGGCGCCGCCCAGUUCCUCGCGUCUGGUCUCCACAACCAGACCCAGUCGUCGGCUCCUGCUGCCAACUCGGGUGGCCGCGCGCCCAUCCUCGAGUUCAACCACGCCAUUUCGUUUGUGAACAAGAUCAAGAACCGCUUCAACUCGGAGCCUGAGACGUACAAGAACUUCCUGGAGAUCCUCCAGACGUACCAGCGCGACCAGAAGAUUGAGGAGGUUUAUGAGCAGGUCAUCGACCUCUUCAAGCACGCCCCGGACCUCCUUGCUGAGUUUAAGCAGUUCCUGCCCGAGAGCGGUGGUUUCGGCUUUGGCUCGUUUGUCCAGGCGGCUGCCGGUGGAACCCAGCCUGCUCCUCCAGUCGCUGGCCAGAAGCGCAAGGAUGCCAAGGAUGCGCCGCCCAAGAAGCGCAGCCGUCCCGCUGAGAAGACGGCCGCCGCAAGGAAGAAGAAGGCGGACAGCCCCGUCGAGGACGAGCCCGUCGUCUCGACAUCUGCGCCCCAGACCCUUGCGUCGCCCGAGGAGGUUGCGUUCUUUGACAAGGUCAAGAAGUAUAUCGACGACAAGGUCACCUACCACGAGUUCCUCAAGCUCAUCAACCUGUUCACCCAGGACAUUAUUGACGCCAAGGUUCUCCUUGACCGUGCCUCGCAGUUUAUUGGCGACUCGGGCGAGGUCUGGCAGACCUUUAAGCGCAUGGUCGGCGCCGACGACCUCGGCCACAUAGGCCACGCUACGCAGGCCCAGAGCGGCUUUGGCUUUGGUGGCAUGAUCAACAUUGACAACACAAUGUCCGAGAACACGCCCAUGCUGGAGCGUGUCAGGCCCGAGCUUUCGAACCCGCGUGUCAAGGCCUACGGCCCCAGCUACCGCAAGCUCCCCUCGACCGAGAUCAACCUCAACUGCACUGGUCGCGACGCCAUGUGCUGGGAGGUGCUCAACGACGAGUGGGUCUCGCACCCCACCUGGGCCGCCGAGGAUGCCGCGCCCUUCCUUGCCCACCGCAAGAACGCCUACGAGGAGGCCCUCCACAAGUCGGAGGAAGAGCGCCACGAGUACGACUUCCACAUCGAGGCCAACCUCCGUACCAUUGCCCUCCUCGAGCCCCUCAACAACAAGAUCCAGACCAUGGACCCCGAGGAGCGCGCACACUUCAACCUCAAGGCCGGUCUCGGCGGUCACAGCCGCUCGAUCUACCAGCGUAUCAUCAAAAAGGUGUACGGCAAGGAGCUUGGUCCCGACAUUAUCCGUGCCCUCCACGAGAACCCCGUUGUCGCCCUGCCCAUUGUUCUCGAGCGCCUGAAGGCCAAGGACGAGGAGUGGAAGAAGGCCCAGCGCGAGUGGAACCGUGUCUGGCGCGAGCAGGAUGCCAAGAACUUUUACAAGGCUCUGGACCACCAGGGUGUCGUGUUCAAGUCUGCCGACAAGAAGACUCUUGCUGCCAAGAGUCUUAUUGCCGAGAUUGAGGCUCGCCGCCGUGAGCAGACCAACCAGCGCAACGCUCUUCUGCACCCGCGUGCUUCGCCCCGUGCCCGCCACCAGUUCACGUUCGAGUUCAAGGACAUUGAGGUCCUCAAGGACGCCCUCAAGCUCAUCUUUGGUUACCUUGACCGUGUCCCCAACGUCAACGCCACGGACAAGGAGCGCAUCGAGAUGCAGAUCCGCGACUUUAUCCCCACCUUCUUCAUGUACGACAAGGAUGAGUUUGACGCCGACUUUGGAGACGCCGAGCACGGCAGCGAGGACGAGUCGAACGGUGUCGACUCUGACGGUGACGCCAGCAUGGCCGACGAGGACGAGUCGUCUACCGCCAAGAAGAAGAAGGCCUCGCAGCCUUCGCUGCGCAAGCAGCUUCUCAAGGCCGCCGGCGAAAAGGAGGGCCGCAACAAGCGCGAGGGCACUGGCACCCCGGGCAUGGAUGACGCUGCCGAUUCUGUUGACGGUACCGACCGCGGCGAGACCCCCAUCCCUCCGCCUGCCGACCCCGAGGCUGUUGCCGAGGCUGUCGAAAAGGACAAGGUCGGCGCCGAGGCUUCGGAGCAGACCUGGGUCCAGAUCGACACCUUGGACAAGGAGCGUGACUCUGCUUCGGACGCCGACGCCGAGCCCAGGCCCAAGCCUACCCGCACGGGCAACUUCUUUGCUAACAACCACUUUUACGUGUUUAUCCGUCUUGUUCAGAUCCUCUACUCGCGUCUCCUUUUGUGCAAGACUGUCGCGUUGAGGCUUUCGGAGCAGAAGAAGCAGCCCAUCAACCCGGUCGCCAUCAAGCUUGGGCUUGCCGAGCCCGCGACGCAAAACUUUGGCGUGGAGAAUGGCGAAAACCCCAGCCGUCACUACUAUGACCACCUGCUCGCCCUUGCCGAGCGCCUGUUCGACAACGACAUUGACGCCCCCACCUACGAGGAGACUCUGCGUCUCAUGUUUGGCAACAAGGCGUACACCAUGUUCACCGUUGACCGUGUGAUUGGCGCCAUUGUCAAGCAGGCCCAGACCAUCCUUGGCGACAUGAAGAGCCAGGAGCUCUUGAGCCUGCUGCACCGUGACCGCAUCUCGGAGCGCACGACCACUCGCCAGCAGAUUGCCUACCGCAUGAACGCUGAAAACGUCCUCGGCCCCGACGAGAACCUCUACCGCAUCGAGUACAUUCCUCGUUCGGAAAUGGCCGCUGUGCAGCUGCUUGCUCGCGAGGACCUGACCGUCGACGACGCCGAGACUGCCGAGCAGAGCUGGCGCCAGUACAUUGACAGCUACGUCUUGACGCACGCGACCGAAGGCCUGCCGCACCGCGUCGAGCAGCCCCUGCUCAACAGGACACUGGGCGACAUGUCCGAGGACAUUAGCGAGGGCGCGUUCCAGACCAACAGCGGCCUCCAGUUCCGCGUCGCGCUGGGCAACUACCGGCUAUUCUACACCCCGGGCACCGAGGACUUUUUCCACCGGAGGAGGCCCGCGACCGAGCUGGCCGCGCAGGACGCGCAGGAGAAGCGCUUCAUCGAGGCCGCCGCCAAGCGCCUCGACGAGUGGGUCAGCAAGGCCGAGGUCGAGCAGGAGGACGAGGCCGAGGAGCCCGCCGCCGCCGCCGCCGCCGUCGACGCUGCUGCUGCCGCUGCCCCUGCCGAGGCACCUGCCGUUGCCGUCGAGGCGACCGAAUAG